GUAUGGUCGCUGCCGUGGUCACGUUGCGGGCUACUCGCCGAAAGGUUAUCGCGAUGUUUUUAGCCCCGUGUUAUAUUUAAAUCAAACUGGAUCCUGUAUAACAUGUAAUUUAUAACUGAUUUAUAGGGAAGCAAAAUGCGUUUGUUGAAAUUGCCUCUUCAGAGCUCUGCGUGCGCGUGUCGUUGUAUGAGUCGGACAGCGAGCGGCACCUCAAGGCACAUUCACCUGCGCGCUGCGGCAACUGAAACUGUAUGCGGCAGCCUUUGGUCUUUAUCAAGACGAUUUCAGUACAUUCGCUUGCUGAGAGACGCUCGGCAGAAAAGCACUAAAGGCAGUGUAUCGUCGCUGUUCAUGCCAGUUCCGGUAAAAGUGUCCAACAACCCGGAUGAUAUCAAUGUAGGUGAAGAACUAACUACCAAACUCAAAAAAGAGGAUCUUCUUAAGCUGCUAAAUCAAUUUAGUAAACGCCCGGAGGUUAUAAAAUGGAGCGAGGAGAAUGGUCUAGAUGCUCGUUUGUUUCAUCAAGCCUUCGUCAGUUUUCGACGGUACUGCAUGGAGUCGGAACAGCUUCCCGCAGAUUUGCAUAUAAUUUUCAGCGACCUUCUUCAAGGCGGCAGGCACCUGGACGACCUUGUUCCUUACUUUCUCCAACAUGCGAGACAGAUCUUCCCACAUUUGGAAUGCAUGGAGGAGCUGCAGAAGAUCAGUGACUUGAGGCAUCCUGGAAACUGGUACCCUGAGGCACGUGCUAUCCAGAGGAAAGUGAUCUUUCAUGCUGGACCCACCAACAGCGGGAAGACGCAUGCUGCACUUGCGGGUUUUCAUAAUGCAAGCACUGGCCUUUACUGUGGACCGUUAAAAAUGUUGGCUGUAGAGGUUUUCCAGAAGACUAACGAGAAGGGCACACCGUGUGACCUAGUGACGGGCGAGGAGCGGAGGUGCGUGUUGCCCGAUGGCCAGCCAGCCCUCCAUGUGGCAUGUACAGUUGAAAUGGCUGCUGUUCAUAACCCUUAUGAUGUGGCUGUGAUUGACGAGAUCCAGAUGAUGCGUGACCCCCAGCGAGGAUGGGCCUGGACUCGUGCUCUCCUGGGGCUAGCAGCCAAGGAGCUUCACCUGUGUGGUGAAGCAGCUGCUAUAGGGCUUGUGCGCAACCUGCUGGCCUCGCUCGGAGAAGACUUGGAGGUUCGGAAGUACAAGCGCUUGACACAGCUAACAAUUGAAAACAGAGCACUUGAAAGCUUAGAAAAGAUACAACCAGGUGACUGUGUUGUGUGUUUCAACAAGAGCGACAUCUACCAAGUGAGCCUACAAAUUGAACGCCAAGGCUUGGAGUGUGCCGUCAUCUACGGUGGACUGCCACCUGGCACCAAGCUGGCCCAGGCACAAAAAUUCAAUGAUCCUGAUCAUCCAUGCAAGGUGCUUGUGGCAACCGAUGCCAUCGGUAUGGGCCUCAACCUCAGCAUUGGCCGUGUCAUCUUCUACUCCCUCGUUAAGCCAGCAAUAAAUGAGCGUGGCGAACGACAGAUGGACACUAUCUCUACAUCUCAGGCACUCCAGAUUGCGGGCCGAGCAGGCCGUUUUGGGAGUCGGUAUGAGGUUGGCCGGGCGACAACAAUGAAGCCACAGGACCUACCUGCACUGAAGCAAAUCCUUGCUGCCCCUGUGGAGCAGAUUGAAGCAGCAGGCCUGCACCCAACUGCAGAGCAGAUUGAGCUCUUUGCUUACCAUUUGCCCCAUGCAACUCUGGCCAACCUUGUGGACAUUUUUGUAAGCCUUUGCAAAGUUGAUUCGUCAUCCUACUUCAUGUGCAAUUUGGAGGGCUUCAAGUUUCUGGCUGACAUGAUUCAGCAUGUGCCCCUGCCACUGCGGGCACGAUAUGUAUUCUGCUGCUCACCCAUCAACCAGAAAAUGCCAUUUGUCUGCAGCAUGUUCCUCAAGUUUGCACGGCAGUACAGCCGCAAUGAACAACUAACCUAUCAGUGGUUAGGGCGCAACAUUGGUUGGCCCUUGGCCAUCCCGAAGUCCAUCAUGGACUUGGUGCACCUGGAAGCUGUUUUUGAUGUGUUGGACCUUUAUCUUUGGCUCAGCUACCGCUUCCCAGACCUAUUUCCGGAUGCUGAGGCCGUACGUGCCAUGCAGCAGGAAUUAGACCUAAUCAUUCAAAAGGGUGUGCUCAAUAUCACACAGCUGCUGCGUGCUGGCAUGGAAAGUGCUUCUGAGGAAACCGAUCAUGACGAGGGGCCCGCCUCAGCCCACGCACCCAAGCUACAGGGCAAGCUUGCUGACCGUUUGCUUGCACAAGGCCUCCUCACCAAAGAGCAACUUUUAGAACUUCAGCGUGAGUGGCAGCGUGGCAGCCCAAGGGAUCGCCGCAACAAGAAGCCAAAAUAACAUACACAGACACAACUAGUAUAUAGUGCCCCAUGUUUUACAGAAGGCAUCUGUAUUCAAUAGGGUCAUUGUGUCUGUAGGGUUUAUUGCAUAAAUGUGGAAACUGCGCCAAAGUUUCCAGCCCAAGAAGGCAAAAACGAACAAGAAGCUUAACAAGAGCAUUGCUCUCUGUACAGGCAAGACCAUACUUAGCAGGAACAAGUGAGGACGUGGCUUGAGCUCUGUGUCAUGCCAGAUUCUGGUGCCACAUACAUGGAUGGCAGCCAGUGCAUUGCAUAGUCAUGAAUAGUGAUAUGGUGUGGCACCCGAUGCUGUCCGACUUGUCAUAAAUACACCUUUGCUCAUGCCAACCAGGAUAUUUUACGAGUCCUGUCUGUGGACCCUCGAAAGAACAUUGUGUGUCAAGUGUGCGGUGUUAACGUUUGUUCACUGGGAACAAGUAAGUUCCUCUGCUCUUGGCGCACACCAAUUUCUACUCACCAAGCCACACAUUGCCCGGUGCAGUAGCAGAAAUUGUGCUGAAGGCAACUCCCACUGUGCUCUUUACUUUCAGUUGCGUCUGACUUGGCAUGAAGCAGGAGUCAAGCACUCACAUUUUCCCACAAUGUUUGUCUCCCCUGUACUGACCAUUUGGCACUUGCUCUGUUGUCCGACAGAUUUACCACUUUCGAACAGUACUGGGAGGUUCUUUCAUGGUGUUAGCACUUGUUAGCUGGAAUUACCCAGAGUGCUGUUCCUUGCAGCUUUAGUGAAAGUUGCUUCCAAGUGCUAGUCCUUAACUGCUGACAAAAGUUCUGUGUGGAAGUGUCAUUUAAGUGCUACCCACAUGGACUACCAGUGCAGUCUUGUAUCAGUGUUCGUGCCUUUAGGAGCGGCUGUUCCACUUUUGGUGGGUGCAUCAGAUGGAGCCUGGUGAAGUGUUCAGUAUUGCAUUGUCAAGUGCAUAUAUGGAGCUCUGGCAGAACAGACGUGAACAUUGUGAUACCUAUGCCUAAAAAGCGUUUGCGUGUCAAAAGCAGUGCUACACCUACUGCACCUUAUUUACCUUAAUCUAACGCGUACCUUUUUUCUAAGAAAAUGAAUCCGAAAAUAAUUGCCUGCCUGUUACAAUCGGGUACAAAACCAAAACCGGGUGUUGGCAGCGCUGGCAACAGCCUACCGUCAGAGCCAUAAGACGCAGCCUCAUCGCUAUCACAGAAUGGUGACAAAGUACAUGUUCGUGAAGGUUGCUGUUAGUGUGUGGAUUCAUUUUGUGCUCGACUACGAUCUGGAGCGGUAUUCUCGGUCAAUCAUUUUCGGAGAUACUAUCAGUCUCGCGAGAUUUCAUGUUAACUAAGUACCGGAUGGUGUCGGCAUAUAUGGCCGUCAGCGUUUCUGGUGCUGUGUCAAGCUUGCUAUUUGCGUACAGUGCCAGGAAUGCUGUCGGCCACAUCCCUAAACAAGUCUGAUGUAGAGUCACGUAAAAUCUUGUGAAAGUGAUAGUAGUACAGUAUAGACCACUUAUAACGUAACCGCUUAUAGUGCAGGACCGGAUAUAGUACGGUCUUUUCAGACUCCCGUUAAUUUCCCAUAGCACUCCAUGUAUUCGCAUACCGCUUACAGUGCAGCCGCAUGAGACGAAAUACUGGUUAUAAUGCGGCUUCCGCGGGAAAAUCUCGCCGACAAAGGCGACAGCGAGCACGCUUCUCAACGAGGUGCGCGCUCCCGGCCGGCGUAUGCAUAUAUUAUUCAAUGCAAUCAAACUAUUAAUAAUUCGGACUUAUUUGGCCGCAGAUCGGUUAAUUCGGAGUAUUUUCGGAGCUCGGUGAGCGAGGAGUGCCCCAAAUGUGCGACGCAAAAGAAAAAGAACGGCGCUAGCAUCCAACUGAAACGAAGCGGCGGAGUCCGCAUCGCCACAGCCAUCAGUUGAACUCGCACGUGAAUGACAGCAACGCCGGAACGCUUCGAGCCUAUUUGUGUCUUUAAAGCCUGGAUUCUUGCGUUUACCGCUGCGCAUAACACCACGUUGGCCGCGGGCUUUCGUAACUGCGUAGUCGUCAUCCACGAUCGCGUCGAUGGCGGCCACAGUUUUCUCCGCAGCAGUUGCAGCGAACAGUAGUUUCGUUUUUACUCGGUACGCGCAUCGGCCGCGUGCCUAAAAAACUGCGUAGUUGCAAUCGAUGAUCGCAUAGAUAGCGACCGCGGUUACGACUGCAGUUGUUGCAGCCAAUGGUAGUUAAUUCGUCCAGACUCUGUGCGUGCGUCGGGCGCGUGCCUUCAGCACUGCGAAGUCGUCGUUCAUAAUCGCGUCGAUAGCGGUCACGGUUUUUUCCGCAGUGGUUGCGGCAAGCAGUUGUUUCGUUUUGACUCGGUGCAAAGCUGUCGAACUUGAAGAGCACCGGCUACAUCGUGGCAGUACAAAGCGUGUCUACAUGCUUGGUCUACAUGUUUUGCAUACAUGCAGGGCUUGAAAAUCGUUGUUUUGGUUAUAGUGCGGUACCGCUUAUAGUGCAGAUAUUCGCGACUCCGGCGACUUACGUUAUAAGCGGUCUACACUGUAUCUUUAAAAUUGAUCGCUUGGGAGUAUCGCCCCUGUAUGCUUGGUACCUGUGGCCAGUGAAGCGCAAAUGGCGAUGGCGGCAUGCCGCUUUCAUUGUAAAAGCUCAGUAACAGAAAAUCCAUUCUGUGAAGGUAGAUUUUCUUUUAUAAAUUGGGGGCAUGUUACAUUCAGGUGCACUUUUAUUUUCUUACUUUAAACCCGGGAACAUUGGGUGUGCGUUAAAAUCGGGUAAAUGCGGUAAUCGCUCUUACAGAAACCUCCAAGAAAUUUUAUCACAACUUAUCAGAACAUUCACCUUAUUUUUUUGUAUUUGGGUGCAUUGAAUGCAGGGCUGUUACAUGGUAUCUGCAACUUGUUGGAAGUUUUAUGAAAGGGAAAAAUUGUCAUCCGCCUGAGUGUAGUGCAAAGCUACAAAGGAGGCUAGCCUGGGCUUUGAGUUGUCAAUUAAUUUCGCCACGCUAGAAAUUUGCUAGCAUCCUGGUUAGCUCAAAUAAUAGAGCAAUCGCUCCAGAAAGGCAUUGGUCCCAUGUUCAAUCACCAAACCAGUAUGAAUUUUUCUUCAACUGUGAGGCUUUCUUGCUGAGAAACCCGUAUUGGGUUUUCUUUGUAGGUCUGUGCUACUCUCUGGUGGAUGACAGUUUUCUUUCUUUUUAGGGCUGUUGCAGCUACCUGUGCAUUUUAUCUACAGUGCAAGUUCUUCCUGGCCUAAUUUUAGGCAAGCUGUCUAAAUAAAAUUAGGGCAAACAAAUGCCUUGCUCAAAAUGUUGUAAAUUGUG